CCACCAGCCAGGUUGCUAGGUAGGAGCUGGGCACAGAGGUGCGGUGAAACAUCGGAUCAGCAGGUCGCUCAAAGCGAGGCCGGACUGUCGUUAUACUCUUUUUAGAAAGAAAAAAAAAACACAGUUUAAAUCAAGCAGUGUACCAGGAGUUUAAUUGGCAUAGCGUCACACAAAUGUGAUCAAAUGUUUCUUUUGAGAUAACACAGGUAUUUUGAGGAGUUUUUUUUAUGUCAACAAGAAGACAGCUCUGCUUCAGUGGACUGAAGCGAGUUUUUCUUUCUACUUUGCACAAAGGAGUAUCUGUGCGCUCUGCUGCAGGUGGAUAACUGCGCUCAGGUGUUUCCUGUCAUUACCGUUGGAAUAAACCAUUUGCUGCCGUUUCAUUUCGGACAAGGUGAGGCGGAAGCGAGGAAUCCACCUGCUCGAUGUUUCCCGUUUUGCUUCGCACACCUGAAAACGAACCCGAUCGAUGGUACCGUUUUAAGAUGGGCAUUAAAUCCACGCGGUGAAUGUUGGACCCGAUGAAAUGGACCCGAGCUGAGGCCCCCAAAGCCCGAGUCGCCCUCACUUUGCCCUGCUGGCCGCGGGGAGAGAUGGCAGCGUGUCCGGAUGUGCUGGUCGUGCCUGGAGUUUUGGUCAGGAGUGUUUUACUGCUGGUACUGAGCAGUAACCCUGUGUUGGGGAAUUACACAAUGCCUGCGAGGGGAAGCGCUGCUAAUGACACCGCUGGACCCAACAUUGCAGCCAUCGUGGCCCCCACGGUCACGCUGGGUGUCCUGGCCGUGGUGCUGGCUGCGCUCGGCUGGCUCCUCUGCGUGGUGAAGAAGAGGAGGCAGACGGAGGGGACGUAUCGGCCCAGCGCGGAGGAGCAAUCCGGCGCGCGUGGCGUGGCGGCGCCCGACGCUCUGAAGUUACCCAAGGAGGAAAGACUCAUUUGAAAUCCCCUGCUGUUCGCGAGAGCCCUCCGCGGAGAGAGGCCGCAUGCGUUUGCGCGCCAUCGGCCCCCGAUGGAGAUGACGCUCUCUGCCUCGAGCUGAUGAACGCAAGGAAAAUCUUGGGAGGUUUAAGAGAGGACACCAUUUUUAUUUCAACAAGCACUGAAUAGUUCUUUUUCGGCAAAUUGAGAAAGAAUUGUACAUUUCAACGAGGUUUUGAACAUUUCCCCCGGCACGAACGACGCUUCAGUAUUUUAUCACCAAUAAUUAUUUUAGAUAAGAGAUGUUUGUCUUGUUUUAGUUGCCACUUAUUGUGUAUCAAUACUUGAUUUGAUUCUGUCUCUUCAAAAAUCAAUACCAAUAUUUUAC